UGGGUCGAACAUGUUUGGAGUUACAGAAUAUAUAUAGGGGACGGUUUCAUGAACAAGAAACAGAAAGAAGCUUCAUCUUUUCUUAAGAGAACAGAGAGAAACUACCAACACCAUCAUACACACACACAUAUAUUUUGUUGAUAUAAGAAAGGUGAUAGAUACACAUAUAUAUAGAGAGAGAGAGAAAGUGGGAGGGAGAAAGUGUUGAAGUGGAGCGAGGAGGAAGAUGGAGGUGUAUAGUUACGUGAGGUUGAUGGUGAUAUUAGUGAUGCUGCAAAUGAAGAGUGUAGUGAGAGAAGGAGAAGGAAGGAGGGUGAAGGGGUACUGGGAUGAUGAUGAUGAGUCAAACGUGAGAUUGGAGAUGCCGUCGGAAACGGCGGGGGAGGCGGAGGGGGAUCGGUGGUCAGAUGAGGGAACUCGGUGGGCGGUUCUGGUGGCUGGUUCAUCGGGCUACGCCAAUUACAGACAUCAAGCAGAUGUGUGCCAUGCGUAUCAGAUUCUGAGAAAAGGAGGAGUGAGAGAAGAGAACAUAGUGGUGUUCAUGUACGAUGAUAUUGCAGAUUCUGGCUUCAAUCCCAGACCUGGUCUUAUCAUCAACCAUCCUUAUGGACCAGAUGUUUAUGCUGGAGUCCCCAAGGAUUACACAGGCGAGAACGUGACAUCUGAGAAUCUGUACGCUGUAAUUCUGGGGGACAAGACGAAGCUCAAGGGAGGAAGUGGGAAAGUAAUAGAUAGCAAACCCAACGACAGAAUCUUCAUCUAUUACACCGAUCAUGGAGGCCCCGGCGUUCUUGGGAUGCCAAACAGGCCCUACGUUUAUGCCAUGGACUUCAUUGAAGUUCUGCAGAGGAAACACGCUUCUGGGGGUUACAGGGAGAUGGUAAUAUAUGUGGAAGCUUGUGAAAGUGGAAGCAUCUUCGAGGGAAUAAUGCCCAGAGAUAUCAAUGUUUAUGUGACCACAGCUUCAAAUGCUCAAGAACUCAGCUUUGGAACUUACUGUCCUGGCAUGGAUCCUCCUCCUCCACCAGAUUACCUCACUUGUUUAGGCGAUUUGUUCAGUGUUGCUUGGAUGGAAGAUGCAGAGUCCCACAAUCUCAAAGCUGAAACACUUCAACAGCAGUAUCAGACUGUAAAGAAACGGACCUCCAAUUUCGAUAACCACGCAUUUGGUUCACAUGUGAUGGAAUAUGGGGACACCAACAUAAAAAGCGACAAGCUUUUUUUGUUCCUAGGUUUUGAUCCUGCUUCUGUCAACUUCCCUCCCUACAACUUCAAGCUCCAACCUUCAAUGCAAGUAAUUACCCAGAGAGACGCAGAUCUCUUGUUCCUAUGGCAAAUGUAUAAUAGAUCAAAACAUGAGCCAGAGAGGAAGACGGAAAUGUUGAAGCAAAUUAAGGACACAGAGAAGCACAGAAGGCAUAUAGAUGAAAGUGUGAAAUUGGUUGGGAUAUUGCUGUACGGACCAGGAAAGGGUUCCUCAGUAUUGGAUCAUGUGAGAGGACCUGGUUUGGCCCUUGUGGAUGAUUGGACAUGCUUGAAAGAAAUGGUGAGAGUAUUUGAAACUGAGUGUGGUUCACUAACGCAGUAUGGGAUGAAGCACAUGAGGGCAUUCGCCAACAUAUGUAACAGUGGUAUCUCCGCCGCCUCCGUCGAGGAGGCUUGCCGGGAGGCAUGUGGUGGCUAUGAUGCAGGGGAGUUACACCCAAAAAACAGGGGUUAUAGUGCUUGAUUCUUUUUUUCCCCAUCCUUUUCUUGUUAUCGUGGCCUAAUAGGAACUAUUAAGGUUGACAUUUCUAGUCCCUAAGGUAUUGCGUACCCAAGAAAUGGAACCCAUAAUUCUUGAUUAAGCUGGAAUAGUUCCAACCAGCUGAUCCAACCCCCCAGUUUUUUUCCCUCUCUUUUCUUGUUAUAGAAGUUAUGAUUGAAAUUACUGUACUUUGUGUUGUAAGUUUGAGUGUGUAGUUAACCCUUUUUUUGGGUUUCGUUUAGGAAGUACAUAUUAGUUUUACUGUAAGCGGGUGAGAAGCUCAAUUUUGUUUUGAUAUGUACUAUAAUGAUUCAUGCUUGAUUUAAGGAAGCAUAUGUUGCCACAUUUGAAUGGAAGUUGGUAAUUAAAAGCGUGCAAAUACUUUUGUGAAAUUAAAA